CAGACACGGUGGCUGAUCUGCGGAGCAACUCCUUCCUAUUUGGGAUUGAAUAUAUACCCAUUAUCCUCUGAAUUCUCUCUGCUUAUUCGCUCAUAACGAAUUCUAUCGAAUAUUCUAGAGUAUGUCGCGAGAAGAGUGUGCUCCAGCCUUGCCUCCUCUUAAGCCACGCCCUGAAUACGUACAGCAAAGCGAAGAGAAGGACGUUGAGCCGUUCAGUGUGAGACGAAUUCGAUCGUCUGCCGCGUGCACCGAGUGUCGCAGGCGGCGAAUAAAGUGCAACGGUUAUACGCCAUGCGAACAGUGUACCCUUAAUAACCGUGAAUGUGUCAUUAAUCUGCUACAUGACAAGCGUAAGAAGAUAUAUCUCAGGGAAUUGGAGCAAGAGCUUCAAUAUCACCGCACAUUUUUCCAUCAACUGUAUCAAGUUAUCUGUGAGUGUGAUGAUGCAGAUGUAAACCAGCUUGUCAGCCUGAUCCGAGAUGGAGGAACAAAAGAGGAUAUCAAAAAUACUAUCGAAGGGUAUCUACAACACGAUAUCCAACGUCCUAUAUGUGGGGAAUCUAGUGGAAAGGACGAAUGAGGCUCUACUUGCAGUACUUUUAUGGAGCUGCUUUUCCACAUCUGAUUUGGACACAUCGAUGGAUGUUGGCUGUUACAUGUCUGCUUUUAGUGCCG